AUGACAUCUAACAUAUCUGAUCUUUUCCUUCCAAUAGAUUCUCUGCGCUGUAAAUUGAAAGACUUUGAAGUGAAUGUGACUCUGGAUCAAGAAACAGCACAUCCUGAACUCUGGGUGUCAAAGAACCUCAAAAGUAUGAAAUGUGCAGACAUAACGGGGGAACAACCUAAAGAUCUGGACAUUGUUGAUUCUUAUCGCUGUGUCCUGGGCUCUGAGAGAUUUAACUCUGGGAGACAUUAUUGGGAAGUGGAGCUUAAGAACAAGACUAUGUGGCACUUGGGGGUUUCUGCUGAAUCAGAAAACAGGGAGAGGUACAAAAGUAUAGCACCUGAAGAUGGAUACUGGGCCAUAAGGUUGUGGAAUGGAGAAUACAAAGCCCUCUCCACUCCUCGGACAACAAUCACCGUGGAAACAAAACCCACGAGGGUUGGGAUUUUUCUGGACUAUGAGGCAGGAGAGCUCUCAUUUUACAAUUUAUCUGAUGACUCCCAUAUCUACACUUUCAGAUAUAGCUUCCCUGGGACACUUCGGCCUUUCUUCAGUCCAGGUAUACAUGGAUCUAAAGAGGAUGCUCCCCUGACCAUCUGCCCAGUUAUAGACUGGCAAUGAAGGACACAUUGUCAUUCACAACUACCAUUACAAUUUUCUAGCUAUGUUAGAUGCACACAGGAAAAAUUUUUGGUAAAAUGUCUGAUGAUGGGGAAACAUCUAGUCGAGCUGGUUGAAAAUUGAGAGACAAAAUGUUUUUUCUUCGGAAAAUACCAUGUCAUCGAUAUCUGAACUUUCCAUGGGAGUGUGUCGAUUUCAACAAAACUUAGUUUAGAAAAAAAAUUAAACACAGCAUUUCAUUAAUGUUAAAAUGCCCCUUUUGAUACUUACAGAACAAAACAUUUUGAUUUUUUUUUCAAAAUGACCUUUGUUUAACAUUUUAUUGUAUAUAAUAUGAUAAAAGG